AAACCAAGCGAAAGAGAGGGAGCACAAGGAGAGAGCGCAGCGGAGUGAGCAAACAGAAGUAGAAACAUUAGGUGAAUUUUGACACUAUCGAACGUCGCUUUAAAAAGCGUUUUGAAAGACACUUUUAUUGCCCUGGAUCCAUCUUUACAGCAUUGAAGAAUAACGCCCUAUUCGCCCGUCUGAAAACUCACAUACGGUCGUGUCAGCUGGCAUGAGCUAACCCACCAGACAUGGAAACAAAACCUUUCUUGUCAUUGGGGUUCCUGAAACCCCAGUGCUCGCUGGCUCCGCCCCCCCAGCGAGGACGCUCAGGGGAGGCCUGCUCCUGUUUCACUGGCAUGUGUCACCUCCACCAGCGCCGGAUAUCGACAGGUAACACUCAGCGCCAUCUCCACAUCCCCUCGCCAUCUGCCCCGUCAUGGCAGACGCAGCACCUGGGAAGACACCUGUAUGAAAUAAAUUCAUCCGGUCAGGUGACCUCGUCUCCACUGGGCUCUCCCACAUCCCAUCGGGGCAUGCACCCGUCCCUGCUCAGCCCGUCCUCCAUGGGGCCCUCGGGCUCCCUGCACUCUCCCAUCAGCUCCUUGAGUUCUCCCAUGAACGGUUUAGGCUCCCCCUUCUCUGUCAUCAGCUCCCCUAUGGGACCACACUCCAUGUCCUCGCCUGGCAUGGGCUACGGCCCCAGUGUCAGCCCCCAGAUGUUCCAGCUGAACUCCCCGAUGAACUCGGUCAGUAGCUCAGAGGACAUCAAGCCCCCGCUGGGUCUCAACGGGGUGAUGAAGGUGCCUGCCCAGCCCUCCCAGGGGUGCACGCCCCUCUCCCUCACCAAACACAUCUGUGCCAUCUGUGGGGACCGCUCCUCAGGUAAACACUACGGAGUAUACAGCUGUGAGGGCUGCAAGGGAUUCUUCAAGAGGACGGUGCGGAAGGACCUGACAUACACCUGCCGGGACAACAAAGACUGUCUGAUCGACAAGCGCCAGAGGAACCGCUGCCAGUACUGCCGCUACCAGAAGUGUCUGGCCUGUGGCAUGAAGAGAGAAGUUUUGUUACACGCAGCCGUCCAGGAGGAGCGCCAGCGGGCCAAAGAACGCAAUGAGAACGAGGUGGAGUCCACCAGCAGUGUCAACGAAGACAUGCCCGUGGAGAAGAUCCUGGAGGCGGAGCUCGCCGUGGAGCCCAAGACCGAGACCUACAUCGAGACCAAUCUGGGCGUGCCGUCCAACUCGCCCAACGACCCUGUGACUAACAUCUGCCAAGCAGCCGACAAGCAGCUCUUUACGCUGGUGGAGUGGGCCAAGAGGAUCCCUCACUUCUCUGAGCUGCCCCUGGAUGACCAGGUCAUCCUCCUCCGAGCAGGCUGGAACGAGCUCCUCAUCGCGUCCUUUUCGCACCGUUCGAUAGCAGUGAAAGAUGGGAUCCUUCUGGCUACAGGGCUUCAUGUUCAUCGUAACAGCGCCCACAGUGCUGGAGUGGGAGCCAUCUUUGACAGAGUGCUCACAGAACUGGUGUCCAAGAUGAGAGACAUGCAGAUGGACAAGACAGAGCUGGGCUGCCUUCGAGCCAUCGUCCUCUUUAACCCAGACUCUAAAGGCUUGUCGAACCCAGGCGAGGUGGAGGCCCUGAGGGAGAAGGUCUACGCGUCUCUGGAGGCCUACUGCAAACAGAAAUACCCGGACCAGCCCGGCCGGUUUGCCAAGCUGUUGCUACGGUUGCCAGCCCUGCGCUCAAUUGGUCUGAAGUGUCUGGAGCACCUGUUCUUUUUCAAGCUCAUCGGGGACACACCCAUCGACACCUUCCUAAUGGAGAUGCUAGAGGCGCCACACCAAAUGACAUAACUGCAGGCGGGGUGUCACCGCGUUCCCCUCGCCCCCUUCGCCCUCAACCAUCCUGGACACUGAGAGUGGUCCUGCGAAACACUCCCCCCUCGAGAGACCGAUUAUGUGACAUCAUUGAAUCUAGAGUAGCCAGGCUUGGGGUGAAGAGCACCCCCGUUUCCUCUUUGAUGUGUUUCAAAAACACGUUCAAUGUCUGUGGGUCUGUUUUAUACAUUGUACAGAUAUAUAAAUAUAAAUAUAUAUAAAUAUAUAUAAGAAAAACUCAUGAGAUGAAUUGAGAGACAACGACGGACUGGAAACGUGAGGAGAAGAGGAGAAGAUUAUUAAGCCUUUGUUUUGUGAACUGAAACAGCAACGUAGAAGACCAGGCAUGACACACAGAUCUGUUUUUCGGGAGGUGUUUUUAAGCGUCGGUUUCAUCACAGGAGGCUCUGCAGGCAGUUAUUGGGAUGACCGUGUGUGGGAUCUGUCGGGUGGGUUCGGGCCAGCGUGGUCCGUACCUGACCCAGAUUGGAACGGUCUCACGUUAACGACUAACUUGCGUUGGACUGGGCCGCCUGCAGAGGGGAGCAGCCAGACCCUGUCACAUCUGGUCCUAUGGGGUCAAUCCGGUCUGGUUUGUUUCCUGGUGUACUGUAUGUGUUUUGGGAGAGAAGGACUCAGAGACGCGACUUUGCGGAUGAACGGCACACCACUCAGGUCUCCGAAACCCAAACUCGACCUCUUCACAUCUCCUUAUUCUAUUAGCACUGUGUGAAUAUAAGAGAGGAAACACUGUGGCGCAACAUCAGUCCAGUGUUUAGAGGCUCAGAUAGCUUUAAUGUGACAGAGUCUUACUGCAGCGUGGCCUCUCAGGACCAGAGUGGGGCGGGUGGGGGGUGGGGGGUUCAUUUGGCUCGUCUGUCUGCACAGAGAAUCUUCUCAUGGGCACUACUCAUGCUGUCCUGCUCUACUGACUAAGGAGCAGUAUGUAUCCAGAUUCACCCUCAACAAAGUGCUACAGUAUAUGACAAUUUGUAUUGCUGUGUGCUCUGGAAGGUUGACACAGGAAGACAAGGACUCCCUCUACUAAAUGUUUCCUUCCUGUUUACUGUCUGAGUUUAGGCAACCACAAAAUGAAGAUGACGACUGCUGAUUUGACUGGACUUUGCAGUAGGGAAAUACUGUCCACUGAUCCGAACUAAGUGCUUUUCAACGUGAUGCCAUGCCUCUGUUAUGUCAUGUGUCCCUUAACUUCUGAGAACUAUUGUUUCCCCUCUUCUGUGAAUUACACCAUGAUCGACCUCCACACAGCAACCAAGCAUGCUGUUCCUCACAGUGUAACCUAGCUUCGGAAUGGCCUUUGACCUGUAUAGGACAUUACAACCACACACAGUAUUGUUAUGGUAUUUGUAAAAAAAAAAAAAGAAAAGAAAAGAAAAAAAAAA